UUAUUAUCGUUUAUAUUUGCGUCAAUAUGCAUCAUAUACAUGUUUAUAGCCAACUAUAUCGGACAGAAUAUAAUUGACCACAAUAAUCAUGUAUUUAUUACUGCAUACAACGUUCAGUGGUAUAAAACUCCAUUACAUAUACAAAGAAUGAUACUAUUUUUACUGCAAAGAAAAGCCAAGGAAUUUUCAUUAAAUAUUUGUGGAAUAUUUGAUGCCUCCAUAGAAGGUUUUGCAACGCUAAUAAAGGCCUCCGUAUCUUAUUUCACAGUCAUGCAGUCUACACGAUGA